CACUGAGCACGAUCAGGCCAAUUUAACUUUUAGGAUUUUUCAGCACUUGUUGGCAUCAUAGCCUCAAGUCGAGCCGGGUAUGGUCGCAGAACAGAGAGAACACGCCAGGCUCCUUUUAAAAAUCUCGCAAAUUGUCGCGGCUUUGACUAUUCCACUAUAAGCUUGCUUUACCUGUCUUACUUCAUAUGAGUAUAGAUAUUUUUUGAAUCCUAAGUGACCGCUUUUCAAUUCGGGUCAAAUCUUUUACACCAAACAGCACUGCAUUUUAAUCAAAUGUCCACUUCUUGUGACAAUUCACCAGGUACCGGUAUCCUCAGUCACUAAUAUGCAGUGGGAAGGGCGGGAGCGGUGGCGGUAACGUUAGCUGUAAAACAAUUAUGAAAGUCACGAUUUUAUUGCAAUUGAAUGCGGACCACAUGAAUGCCGAAUUGAUCAGAACAUAUUUGCUCCUACUGCUGUCCCUGUGGAAUAUAAGCAGCUUGGUGAAUAUUUGGUGAAGACUGUUGCCAAGAUGGGAAACGGAUUAUCAGAUCAUCACCCCAUUUUUCCCUGCCUGCCGUCCUUCCAGGCUCUCCACAUUGUCAUUCUGGGACUGGACUCUGCAGGCAAGACCACUGUACUGUACCGCCUGCGUUUCAAUGAGUUUGUGAACACUGUCCCUACUAAGGGGUUUAACACAGAGAAGAUUAAGGUGUCACUCGGAUGUAGCCAACGGACAGCUUCCUUCCACUUCUGGGACGUAGGUGGUCAGGAGAAGCUUCGCCCUCUGUGGCGCUCGUACACACGCUGUGCUGAUGGCAUCGUGUUUGUGGUGGACUCAGUGGACGCUGAGCGCAUUGAGGAGGCCAAGACAGAGCUGCACAAGAUCACACGGCUGGCAGAGAACCAGGGAGUGCCAGUUCUGGUGGUGGCUAACAAACAGGACCUGAGGAACUCACUUAGCCUGGCUGAAAUGGAGAGCAUGUUGGCUCUUGGCGAGCUCAGCACCGCCACACCCUGGCACCUUCAGCCUGCUUGUGCUAUCAUCGGUGAGGGACUGCAGGACGGCCUGGAGAAGCUUCACGCCAUGGUCAUGAAGAGGAGAAAGAUGCUGCGGCAACAGAAGAAGAAGAAGAGGUGAUGUGCUAAGAGGGGGAACUAUAAAAUGUAAGCUGCAUACAAUCUGCUGGUCCAUUGUGACCAGUCAUUUGGCUGCUGUUUUAACACUAAUUGGCUGAGUUUGAUCCUUCCAGUUGAACUGUGUAUUCAGGUCAGCCAGUGUUUGGCUUCCACACAGGGGACAGUGGGAUUGAUUUUGACCUAAGGACUUUGGAUGUAAACAAUCCUGUCAGCAACAAGUCAUUCAUCAAGGAAGUCCAGUAUUAUGCUAUAGCAGCAAGCUGUGGAGUUUACAUUGAACUAUUUAAAGUGGACAAUGAGCUAUGACUCGUUUUAUGUUACUUGUUUUAAUAUGUGUUGCUAUCAAAGCAUGUCUUAGAGCAAUUUAAUCAACGCUGCGUAUGUCAGUAUAGGGUCAAGUAUUUUGUAUCCAUGUUGGUUAAGAAAUUUACAUGAAGAGUAAUGAUUCACUAAGAACAUAAUGCACAAUGACCUUAAAACAUAUUAACGCUGUUCAAAAUGGCUGGUAAUGAUGGAAACAGUGAUUUAGUUGUUUGGUAGUGUGUGGCCAGAUGUUGACCCAUCACAAGCCAUGACAUUCUGAGCACAGUCACACUGAUAGAAGAACAUGUCAAUCUAUCUAAAACAUCAGGUUUUGGUGUCUUUAAAAU